GCCGCUUGUGCACUGGUAGUGCGCCUGCGCAGUGUGAGGAGUCCUUCACACUCGGCCUGCUGUAGGUGACUGAUCCGGGGCAGCGACACCAACAACAUGCAGAGCUGGACCCAGUUGUACCGCUCUCUGGCCACGCGGAGCCACCAACUUCCCUGCAAACUGCAUGGAGCUACAGCUCUUUCUGUCAGAACCUAUGCUGACAAAGCAGCAAUUGAUGCAGAUGUCACAGUGGUGGGCUCCGGUCCAGGCGGGUAUGUUGCUGCCAUCAAAGCUGCACAGCUCGGCUUCAAAACAGUGUGUGUGGAGAAGAAUCCCACACUGGGUGGCACCUGCCUGAAUGUCGGCUGCAUCCCCUCAAAGGCUCUGCUGAACAACUCGCACCUGUACCACAUGGCUCAUGGCAAAGACUUUGAAAGCAGAGGCAUUGAAAUUUCAGGCAUCUCAUUGAAUCUGGAGAAGAUGAUGGCUCAGAAGAGCGGGGCAGUCAAAGCUCUGACCGGGGGAAUCGCACAUCUAUUCAAACAGAACAAAGUGACACAUGUCAAUGGUUUUGGGAGGGUGACGGGUAAGAACCAAGUGACGGCAACAGCAGAAGAUGGCAGCGAGCAGGUCAUCAACACCAAGAACAUCCUCCUCGCCACUGGCUCAGAGGUCACGCCCUUCCCUGGGAUCCAGAUUGAUGAGGAGACCGUUGUGUCAUCAACAGGAGCUUUGUCCCUGAAGAAAGUGCCUGAGGAGCUGAUCGUGAUUGGAGCUGGAGUCAUUGGAGUGGAGCUGGGGUCAGUGUGGCAGCGACUGGGCUCGAAGGUCACAGCGGUGGAGUUCCUCGGCCAUGUGGGCGGGAUGGGCAUUGACAUGGAGAUUUCCAAGAACUUCCAGCGUAUUCUGCAGAAGCAGGGCCUCAAGUUCAAGCUCGGCACCAAAGUCAUGGGAGCCACCAAAAGGCCCGAUGGGAAGAUCGAUGUGGCAGUGGAGGCGGCGGCCGGUGGGAAGAAUGAGACGCUGACGUGUGACGUGCUGCUGGUCUGCAUCGGCAGACGACCCUUCACGCAGAACCUUGGUCUUGAUUCUGUUGGCCUCGAGCUGGACAACAGGGGGCGCAUCCCUGUCAACAACCGCUUCCAGACCAAAGUACCCAGUAUUUAUGCAAUUGGUGAUGUGGUCGCCGGCCCAAUGUUGGCCCACAAGGCUGAAGAUGAGGGCAUCAUCUGCGUCGAGGGCAUUGCCGGCGGCGCUGUGCACAUCGACUACAACUGUGUUCCCUCUGUCAUCUACACACACCCUGAAGUGUCCUGGAUAGGCAAGACAGAGGAGCAGCUCAAAGAAGAGGGAAUUCCAUUCAAAGUUGGCAAGUUCCCCUUCGCAGCCAACAGCCGAGCCAAAACCAACGCUGACACUGAUGGCAUGGUGAAGAUCCUCGGCCACAAAGAGACAGACAGGAUGUUGGGAGCGCACAUUAUUGGACCUGGAGCAGGAGAGAUGAUCAAUGAGGCUGCUUUGGCCAUGGAGUACGGAGCUUCCUGUGAGGAUGUUGCCAGAGUCUGCCACGCCCAUCCUACGGUGUCGGAGGCUUUCAGAGAAGCAAACUUGGCCGCUUCCUUCGGCAAAGCCAUCAACUUCUAAUCUGCUGGCCGUCGCCGCCGCACCUUCAGUGUACAUAACAGAGGAGAGACUGUGUCCAAACCUUCAUCCAACCCACCGCAAUCCUCUGUGCUUAUCAAUACUCUACCACAUUUAGUUCUGAUGUUAUUUAAAUGUUCUCAGUAAAACAAUAAAGAGGGCUUGGGCAGUAAAUAAACACUGACUGCACAUCAGUCUUUCUGUUGUACACGUGCAUAUUGUGAAAGAGAGAAUAUUAUUUAAGGGACAUAUAGAUAUAGAAACUAUUUGGUUGGGGCGGCUGUAGGUUCUCUUGUAAAGGAAGAGUGGGCUGUUUAUGUUUUUUCUUUUUUUGCAGUAUGAAACAAAAUAGGGAGGGAAACCUGACCAAUACAGCAGCUUCAAAAGUUGUAGACAGGAAAAUGUUGUUUUUUUGUCCGUUUUUCAGGCGGCGUCAAUACGUGCCAAUGAGAAGCUACAAGCGGAUUUGAUAUCAGAUCUUAUAAGUCAAAGUCCACUUUAGUGAUUCAGGGUUGUCAUUUGAGGGAAUAAAGUAAUUUGAAGUUUAGUUAUUGGAUUAAAAUGAAAUAAGGUUAGAAAAUACCACUUAAUAAAUGAUGAGCUCUCAUCCCUCGUCAACAACUUGGUCUUAAUUCAUUAGCUCGGUUUAAGACACAGACACAACAUGCUGAAACAGAAUAGCAGCAGAUAUCUGUGUAACUGAGCGCACGUAGCCUUUCCAUGUCAAUACAAAAUUCACUUUGGUAAAGGAGCUGUUCAUAGUUGCUGGGUAACCUGUUCUUGCUUAUCUCACCAUUACAACCAAUAAACGCAAUAUCCAUGAAAUAAAAUACAAUGGUUAACAUUUAAUGAUGACUUUCUGUUCAGGCCUCUUCACACAAACAGGUCAGUAGCUGUCACAUUGAACCACAUGUCAAAGAAAUGUUCAUGGCUCCCCAUGUAACAGUCGGAUUUACUCUCUAACGAGGAGAGCGGUGAUAACUCAGUAUAUAAUUCUGUCACCCCUGUCAGCUAUAGUUUAGGAUCCCAAUAAUCUGAUGAGUUAUAUUUCUUCGUGUCUAACACAGUGUUGGACAGCAGGCACAAUGCACUGUUAAAUAAAUGAGGAGUGACUCAGGGCACAACCUUAGGAUUUCAUCAUAUUGUACAAGGGCCUUUACAGAGUUUGAAUCAAGACAUUGAAAUACAAAGGUAAAAUAAAUUUACUUCUUUCUUAAACAUA